AUUCGCUUGAAAUCGAUUAAUCUGUGCUAUAUAUACUAAAAUAUGGGUGUUACUAUUCUUCAACAAUUUCCUGUAGAAAAUAAAACUGGACCGGCAAUUAUCGAGUUGCUCUCGAAAAGAUUAACUGCUUUGGGUGCAGUUCAACAAGGACAUUUUCUAGUUGACUGUGAAACCUAUUCCUCUGUACAACAAUUAGGACAUCAAAGAACUGUUCACGUUCUUCAUAACUCUGAGCAACCAGCUACUGUUUUUUCAAUACUUGAAACUGGUACAAAAACGAUACCUUUAGUGACUGAUGGUUUAUUUGAUCUUCUAAUGAUGAAAAUGUCAAGUUUUUAUACAUCAAAGAAGCAAACUAAAGCUGAAUCAAAAGGCCCUCGCUAUGAGAUAGGAGACUUUUGUGUGAAACUUGGAACAAUUACAGUGAGUGCCAAUUUUAAGGGGGUCCUUGUUGAAGUGGAAUAUAGACCUUGCGUUGUCCCUGCUUUGUGUUGGGAACUGAUAAAGGAAUUUCUACAAGGUUUUCUUGGACCUUGCGUUUCGAGUACCCCACCCACAUAUUUACAAAAUAGAAUGCAAGAAUUAUAUACACCCAUAGAUACAAUACAUCAAUAUUUAGAUCAAUUUAUGAUAUGUCGGAAAUUAUCUGGCAAUAAUGUUAGAUCUUAGCAUUCAAAGAUAAAGUUGAAUUUAUCUGUUAUUCAAUUUAAAAUUACAUUGUUUUUCGAAUGA